AUGCCUCCUUGCCGGACAUCGGAGUUGAAAAACUACUCGUGCUUAGCUUGUCGGCAACGCAAGAUCAAAUGUGAUCGGCAUACUCCGUGUUCCAAUUGUGUUAAGGCCGAGCAGCAAUGCAGCUUUGUUCCGCCCGUGCGUGGCAAGCGCAAGAGAACAAACCCCCGGAAAGAGGGUAUACAUGCCAAAUUGAAACGAUAUGAAGAGCUACUGAGGUCAUACGGUGCUAAGAUUGACCCCUCUGAUGAUUCUGACUGCCCGGAAGUGGCAUCUCAGCCUGAUGCAAUGGACGCAGAUCCUCUCAACAGUAGCUCCCAAAGAUUGAAUGAGACGAAAUCCAAACUUGUGACAGUAGGAGAGUCGUCGCAAUACGUUAAUAGCACUCCGUGGUCCGACAUAGGCGAAUGUCAAAAUCCAGAACUGGGCAGCCUGGGUGAGGCCAUAGACCAGUCAGGUGUCCAUGAAAGCGACCUCUUAUUUGAAACCGAACAAAGUAAAUUGGAUAUUUAUGAGGGCCUGCACCCUUCCUCCCAGAUAUUGCUGAAAUUAAAAGAAAUAUACAUCGAUCGAGUGGAUCCUUUGAUGAAAAUCCUGCAUCUUCCUACGUUCUGGAUGGCGCUCAUCAACAGGCGACAAGAAAAACAUUCCAGAAGCCUGGAAGCCACCAUUUUUGCUUUCUAUCUUGCAACAAUUAGCAGUCUGAAAGACGAAGAGUGCCAGAAUCUAUUUCAAACAGGGAAAUUUGUCCUAUAUUCCCGCUAUCGACAAGCAACUCGUCAGGCCUUAGUCAAUGCCGGAUUUCUAUCCACGUCCAGUCUACUGACCCUCCAAGCAUAUGCCUUAUACAUGAUGUGCGUGCGAAACUUCUAUCGCUGCGAUACCCUGUUCAUUCUAUCCGGAAUUUCCAUCCGACUUGCCCGCAAAAUGGGCCUCCACCAAGAUGGAGCACCGCUUGGCCUGUCUCCAUUCGACAGUGAAAUGCGCAGACGCCUCUGGUGGCAUCUCGUUUACGUAGACUUCCGCAUCUCCGAGGUUCUAGGUACUAGGCCGUCUCUGGAUCUUUCCUCUAGUAAUACAAAGAUACCUCUGAACGUCACCGACGACGACCUCAGCCCUAGCAUGAUCAAUUUACCCCCCGAACGAAACUCCAUCACUUCCAUCUCCUUCUGCCUGAUUCGACACGAAAUCCUCUUCACACUCCGAAAGUUCUCCGGUAACAUGCACUUUGAGUCCCUUUCCAGCUCGACCAGUCCGCUCUCCCAAAAAGACGCUAUCGUCACCCAACUCGAAGAUCACCUGGAACAAAAAUACCUCCGAUACUAUGACCCAAGCAAUCCUCUUCACACAUUCGUCUCAAUUGCCAUACGGUCAUCGAUUUGCAAAAUGCGGCUAUUUACACACUCACCACACCAAUUCCUCGCCCGUGGGGAGCCCAUACCCACUCACGACCGCGACAUUGUAUUCACCAACGCCACGAAACUGCUCGAGUAUGUGAUCAUGGUUCAGGAGGGGCGUCACGGUCUUGACAAUUACACCUGGCAGAUGGGGCCCAGUUACAUCUGGAAUGCAGUUUUGUAUUUGCUUAUCGAGAUGCGGCGGCGGAAAACAGGGACCGAAGUGGGUAGAGCGUGGGAAUUGCUUGCGGGGGUUUUCGCUCUGUACCAUUACCCGAAGUUUCGGGAGAAGAACAGAACUUCAAGGGCUGUGUAUGCUGUGCUGGAGAAAUGGACCCUCGAGGUGUGGGAUGAGUAUGUUGCUGCGUUGAAGGGAGAUGACCUGAGGGAGCUGUACACGCCGGAGUACAUUAAUAUCAUCCGUCGCUGUCAGGGGCGGGAAAUGCAGCCAUCUAGUGCCCAAGAUCGGAAGGGGGCCGGUUCUGAGCCGAUUGUGCGGUGUGAGCCGAGACACAGCACUGUUCAGUCUCAUUGUCAUAGGGACCUUCCUGGUUGUGAGACUUUGGAGUCAUAUGACUUUCCGGAUCUGCUGUCUUUCGAGACGGAUCUCGAUGAAUGGGUGCAGUGGGAACAGUUGCUUUCAGAUGGAUUCACACAUAUUGAUGGAGCAUGA